AUGUUUUCUAUGGAAGAAAAUCCAUCUGAUAAUACAAUAAAUGAGAUCAAUUAUACUAAUAAUGAAGAUUGCAAAAAUCCGGAACAACAAAGUUUAAAAAAUAUAGACUCAAGAUCAUCACUAAAUUCUUCUCUUACACAAGUUCUAUCAACUGAUACCGCCGAUAAUGACGAAUCCUCAAGCUAUCAAAAUCCUGAUUAUUUUAAAAAUAAAUAUCAAGAAUUUGGAUUUAUCUUCUCAGGAAUGAUAGGUCAGCUGCUAAGUCAAGCUGGUUUAACACAGACUUUAUCCAUAAUGAAUGUAUUAGCUAAAGAACUAGAUUCUACUAGCUCGAGGCAAGCAUGGUUGAUGUCCUCUUUCCCAUUAGCACUAGGGUCUUUUAUUUUAGUAAGUGGUAGACUAGGGGACAUAUAUGGAUUAAAAAAAAUUUUACUAGGAGGUUAUAUUAUUACAACUGUAUGGUCAAUUAUAUGUGGGCUAUCUUCUUACGCACAUAACGAUGCUUUUUUUAUUACAGCCAGAGCUUUCCAAGGUCUAGGCUUAGCAUUUGCAUUACCAAACAUGAUUGGUUUGAUUGGAACAAUUUAUAGACCUGGAUGUUUCAGAAAAAAUAUGAUUAUAAGUAUAAUUGGAGCAAUGUCUCCAACAGGUGCUACUUUAGGGGGGUUGUUUGCAGGUCUUACGGUGAAGUAUGAUAAAAGCAAUUGGCCUUGGAGUUUUUAUGCUUUUGGAUUAAUUUCAUUUGUAAAUUUGAUUAUAUCCUGGUAUUGUAUCCCAAAUAGUAUCCCAACUAAUAUUCAUGGCCUAAAAAUGGAUUGGCUUGGAUCUGUGCUAGGUGUUUUUGGAUUAAUUAUUUUAAAUUUUGUUUUUAACCAAGCACCAAUAGUUGGAUGGCAAAGUGCUUACAUUAUUGUCCUUUUGGUUUUAUCAUUUUGUGCGUUGGUUAUAUUUGUAGUUUAUGAAGUAAAGUAUGCAAAAACACCUUUAAUUCCAAAAGCUAUAUCUUCAAAUCGUGGUAUGUUAAUGAUUCUAUUUUCUUUGUUCUGUGGUUGGGGUUCAUUCGGUAUUUGGACAUUUUAUUAUUUUUCGUUUGAAUUGAAUUUGAGACACUAUAGUCCACUUUGGGCAGGGUCAUCUUAUUUUAUUUUCGUUAUUUCUGGCUCAACUGUGGCAAUAGUCUGUGGGUUGACCAUUAAAAAAAUCAAACCUUCUGUUUUGUUUUGUUGUUCAAUGAUGGGAUUCUUAGGUGGUAAUAUUAUAUUUGCUGCUACUCCAGUUAACCAAACUUUUUUCAGAAAUAUGCUAGGCUGUAUGUUUUUAUUACCAUUAGGUAUGGACUUCUCCUUUCCUGCAUCUUCUAUCAUUUUAAGUGAUUCAUUACCAAUGCAAUAUCAGGGUAUGGCUGGUUCGUUAGUUAAUACCGUUAUUAAUUAUUCUACUUCAAUUUGCUUAGGUAUGGCUGGUACUGUUGAAAUGAAGCAUAAUUCUCAUGGUAAAGAUUUGUUAAACGGCUACAGAGCUGCCAUUUACUUUGCCAUCGGUUUAGCCGGGCUUGCAGUCUGCGUCAGUGGCGGUUAUAUGAUUGAAUGCCUUUGGAAAGAUAGAGUAUUAUCAUUAGAGGAGAAUAAGCAGACAGACAUUGAGUCAAGCUAA